AUGCUUUCAAGUAGAUCCGUUAGAACAUUCAGAGCUUUAUCGAGCCGCCGUUUGUUCUCCACAUCUCGUCGUUCCCUUGCAGAUGUGGAAGUAACCAUUGAUGGCAGAAAGGUUUCCAUUGAAGCUGGAUCGUCGAUCAUCCAGGCCGCUGAUAAGGCCGGUGUUACCAUUCCAAGGUACUGUUACCACGACAAGUUAGCGAUUGCCGGUAAUUGUAGAAUGUGUCUUGUUGAUGUUGAGAGAAUGCCUAAGCUUAUUGCCUCUUGUGCCAUGCCAGUCCAAAACGGUAUGGUUGUAAAUACCAAGUCUGAGAGAAUCACCAAAGCCAGAGAGGGUGUCACUGAGAUGUUGUUGGAGAACCAUCCUUUAGACUGUCCAGUGUGUGACCAAGGUGGUGAAUGUGACUUGCAAGAACAAUCCCAGAGAUACGGAUCCGACCGUGGUAGAUUUACCGAAGUUGUUGGUAAGAGAGCUGUGGAAAACAAGGCCAUCGGUCCAUUGGUCAAGACUUCCAUGAAUAGAUGUAUUCACUGUACCAGAUGUGUCAGAUUCAUGAAUGACAUAGCAGGUGCUCCUGAAUUGGGUACCUCUGGUCGUGGUAACGACAUGCAAAUUGGUACUUAUAUAGAAAGAAACAUCAACUCUGAAAUGUCCGGUAACAUUAUCGAUUUAUGUCCUGUCGGUGCAUUGACAUCUAAGCCAUAUGCAUUUAGAGCAAGACCAUGGGAAUUAAAGAGAACUGAAACCAUUGAUGUUAUGGAUGCAGUUGGAUCUAACGUCAGAGUUGACGCCAGAGGUAUUGAAGUCAUGAGAGUUUUACCAAGACUUAACGAUGAAAUUAACGAAGAGUGGAUUUCUGACAAGUCUAGAUUUGCCUGUGAUGGAUUAAAGACUCAACGUUUAACUACUCCUUUGAUCAGAAAUGGUGAUAAAUUCGAAGUUGGUACUUGGGAUGAAGCCUUAUCCACCAUUGCUGCCGCUUACACCAAGAUUCAACCAAAGGGUGACGAAUUCAAAUCUAUAGUUGGUACAUUUGCUGACGGAGAAGCCAUCACUGCAUUGAAAGAUUUAACUAACACCUUGGGUUCUGAAAAUAUUACCACUGAUGUCAAGCAAGCCACUUCUUCCCAUGGUGUCGAUAUUAGAUCCAACUAUAUUUUCAACUCUACCAUUGAAGGUAUCGAAGAUGCUGAUCAAAUCUUAUUAGUUGGUACUAACCCAAGAUUUGAAGCUGCUGUAUUAAACACUAGAAUUAGAAAGGUUUGGUUAAGAUCCAACUUGGAAAUUGGACUCGUUGGUACGAAAUUCGAAUCCACUUUUGAUUUUGAACAUUUCGGUGACAAUGUCAAUGAUUUGAAGAAGACCUUGUCUGGUGAAUUCGGUAAGAAGUUGCUGUCAGCCAAGAGACCAUUAAUCGUUAUUGGUUCCGGUGUUGCUGAACUGCAAGAUGCUGAAGCCAUUUACAAGACUGUUGGUGAAUUCGUUGCCAAGCAAUCCAAUUUCAAUACUCCAGAAUGGAAUGGAUUUAAUUUAUUACAUCGUGAAGCUUCACGUACCGCAGCAUUGGAUCUCGGUGUCUCCUCAGGAUCCAACUCUGAAUCUAAGCCCAAGUUCAUCUAUUUAUUAGGUGCUGAUGAAUUACAUAACAAGGAUAUUCCAAAGGAUGCCUUUGUAGUUUAUCAAGGUCACCAUGGUGAUCUUGGUGCUUCCUUUGCAGAUGUAAUCUUACCAGGUUCUGCAUACACAGAGAAAUCAGCAACUUAUGUAAAUACUGAAGGUAGAACUCAGAUUACUAGAGCUGCUACCAAUGCUCCAGGCUCAGCUAGAGAAGAUUGGAAAAUUGUUAGAGCUUUAUCUGAAUACUUAAGUGCACCAUUACCAUAUGAUGAUUUAUACGCCAUUAGAACCAGAAUGGGUGAAAUAGCUCCACAUUUGGUUAGACAUGAAGUCAUCGAGACUGUCUCCACUGAAGUUUCCAAGAUUGGUAUUGUUGAUGUGUUGUCAAAGAUUAACGUUGGAGUAUCACCAGUUGGAGCUCCAUUAAAGAACCCAAUUGAUAACUUUUAUUUCACUGAUGUUAUCUCCAGAUCUUCUCCAACCAUGGCCAAGUGUGUAGCCUCAUUUGGUGCCAAAGUCGACAAGAUCACUGACUCCAAGCCAUCCAUCGAUAUCUAG